UUACAGUACCUUCUUGGCCUGCUUGGCAUAACUUCCUCCAACUCUUCUCUUUUUUUUCAGUCUUUGCAAUACCUGUCCCUGCCAAUCUCCAGGUGCCCCUAGUUACAGGUCAGCUCCACAAUGAAGGGGAGGAGCUAAUUCCCAGAGACUGUUUGUAGCAUCAGGGCCCCACAUCCCAGCGACCAAUGGUGCCACCUCCUGGGGACCAAAGAGGACUCUGGUCAUUUUGUGCAGUGCCACGUGAGUGUUAGGCCAACAGGAUGGCUGGUGAACCAGAGAAAUGUUUGUCUGUGAUUGGAUUCUGUCUUAUCUGUCUUAAAAUGGUUGCUUCAGCAAAAACAGCACCUGAAAUACCCACUAUUGACCAGGCAUAUUCCAAAAUCAGCAACAGUAUCACUGUGGAAUGGGCUACAGUGCCAGGGGCCACCAGUUACCUCCUCACAGCCAAAGACGGGGACACAGUCAUUGAAACCAUAGUGUCCAGUUCCCCAGGCACCGUGACAGGCCUGAAGGCUGCAACUCUGUACCAAAUCACCAUCAGAUCCAUCAGUGCUGCUGGGAGAAGCCAGGCAUCACCUCCAAAGCAGGCAAAGACAGUAUUGGCUGCACCAAUUCUAGAAGUAAGCUCUCCAAGUCCGGACUCUAUUCUUGUGCAGUGGGAAACUGUGUACAUGGCAACUGGAUUCUCUGUGUCCAUUAUGCAAGCCAAUGGCUUGGGCAGAAUAUGGAAAGAGAACACUACAAACACUUCCUUGACAUUCAGCAGUUUAGAUGCUGGAACUCUCUACACCAUAAAGGCCUAUGCGUGGAAUGCUAAUGGGAUCCCUGGAGAUGAUUCUACCUGUAAUCAGAGAACAAGUCCUCGUGCCCCCGCCAACUUCCAAGUCUCUUUUGAUAGUGGGACUCUGAAGGCAUCUAUUUCAUGGACGCCAACAGAAGGAGCUUUCAACUACACUGUGAUGGCUUUGGGUGGCUCUUCAGAGCUGAGCUGUAGGACGUCUUUCAGUUCCUGCACCAUCUCUUCCCUCCAGUGUGGAACAGAGUACUUGAUUUCAGUUUUAGCAAGUAACGAUGCUGGGUGUAGCAAAUCAACUUCAGAAGUGACCCUGAAAACAGUUGCUUGUGCACCUGGAAGAGUGACAAUUCAAGAAGACCCACCUGGCCACCUCUCUGUGGCUUGGCCCAAUGUUAACCUGGGAGAAUACUAUGUGGCCUUUGUGAAGAGCGAUGAUGGCUUGGAAGUACACUGCAACACAUCCCUCACCAUGUGCGAUUUCCUAUCUGAGUGUGGCUUCACUUACUUUAUUAGCAUUUUUGCCUAUAACAAGGCAGGGCAGAGUCCUCUGGGUGAUGUGUUCAAUUAUACCACAGCUCCCUGUUGUCCUAGUGACAUUAACCCUGUGUUCGUGUCCGGUGACAGAGUAGAGAUUGUCUGGUCUCCUGCUCGUGGUGCUGAACUCUAUGAAACUAAGGCUGUAGAUGGGUACAAUGUGAUUGAGUGCAAUGAUACCGCCCCUGCUUGCACCCUUUCGGCUCUAGAGUGUGACACCAAGUACAACAUCACGGUGUAUUCGUUCAGCGAAGUCCGGGGCAGCAACAUGUCAUGUACCUCCCGAAUUAUAACCACAGCUCCUUGUAGUCCUGAAAUAAAAAAUGUUUCAAAGGACGCGUUCUCCGUGAUUAAUGUGCACUGGCGAUCCACUAACGAUGACGCCACUUACACGGUGACUGCCCAAGGGGAGAAAGGGCUGUACCGGUGCAGCAGCAAGGGCGAGUCCUGCACCCUGGAGGGCCUGCCCUGCGGCUCAGCAUUCUCCAUCACAGCUGUGGCCGAAACACAGGCAGGACAGAGCCUGCCAAGCUACAGUGUGCCCCUGGAAACGGUGCCGUGCUGUGCAGCAGGUCUGACAGUAACCCAGGUCACCCAGUCGGUCAUCAACGUGAGCUGGACUCUUGGAACUGGGGUCCAAACCUAUGUGGCAGUGCUGGAGUCACAGGCUGGACAGUCUACAUGUCACACCCAUGAAAACCACUGCCUCCUGGGUUGCAUCACAUGCGGCCUCAAUUACACAGUGGCAUUAAAAGCAGUUAGUGCCACGGGGCUGACUGCAGAUUGUGCCUUCCAAAGUUACUCCUCCAGUGUCUGCUGCCCUUUGGGGGUGAAGUUAUAUAGGCUGGGCCCUAAUGGCAUCCGGAUCUACUGGCAAGCCUCCAGGGGCUCUGCCAACUACAGCACCGACCUCUAUGGCUCCAAAGGCAUCUUCACGUGUGCCCCUAGCUCCAGCCUCAGCUUCUGUGAUGUCACCGAGAUACCCUGUGGAGAUGUGUAUACUGUGAUGGUCUCUCCAGUUGCUGCGACAGGACUGAAGCUUACCUUCUGCCCCCAAAAAAUAUAUUCAGUAACCUGCUCUGGAAGUACACUUGGAAUGGUGAUUUACAGAGGGAAGAGAAAUGAAGAAUGAGGCCACGGGCCUUGGAUAAAAAGAGACUUGACAAGUGAGUAAUUUAGAUUGAAUUUAUGUGAGCCAACUGAAAAGAUAUUUUUUAAAAAUUCUUCUCACCUCUUUUGCAGAGCUGUCUCAAUUGUUAGUGAUCAGAGAGGGAAAGGAUUUAUUAGAAUAUAAAAUGCCUCUAGGAUAGGAAAAGCUCUCGUGACCUUUAGAAGAACAACUCUUGACUCAACUGCUAGAGGGCAAGGCCAGAUGUGUCCUCAGGAGUUCAAGAUCUGCUGCAAAGAGUGCUCUGGAGAAAAAUGGGUCCGGAAACCCAGGAAGUCUUCCAAAGGCUGCCUGAGUGAGCCAGCACAGAAGGAGAAUCCUGGAAACAUAAAAAAUCAGUUUAGCAGAAAUUCUUUCUGAGAUUUCACAUCUAGACACACCAUCAACUUCAACACAUCCAGCUUUGUGUUUCAUGGACACCAGCCCUUGCCGUGUAGCCUGCUGACCAUUCCGGGGCUGGGCAUGGUCACUCCCCAAGAAGCCAAGCCACCCCCACAGAGAUGGUGCUCAUCCUUCGCCUGGAGGCGGGCACAGAUUGGACAGCAGCAGCUGCUAUGGGAACCUAUAGUAACGAACGCCCUCAUUACAAGUCAGGA